ACGCAAAUUAUCAGAACCCGUUCUUGUUCUUCUUCUAUUGAACGCCGCCACAAAACCCUCUUCUUCUUCGAUCAUCAGAGUCCGCCGCCAACCCUCCUCUCAAUGUCCGAUUCUGCAACGCCGGCGACAGGCGACAGACUACGAAGGCGCAGUGACUCAAUUCAUGGAGACGGUCGGCGAGUUCCUUCGUCGAUUCAACAUCAACCGCCUGAGGAGGCGGUGCUCUGGCGACGGUGAGAGAACUCCGGCGAAGCGCAGCGGCAUUCGGCGACUUCCCUCCGGCGACGUCCAGUCAGCCACUACCAUCUAUUCCGGCGAACCAGCCCAGACAUCCUGCGGUUCACCUCUGCUCUGGCGACUGAACCAGCGGCGAGAAUUGAGCCAGCGAAAUCCGGCGAGGAAUCUGGUGGCGAGCCUCUGCUCCGGCGAGAAUAGCGGCGGCGGCGUCUAGACGGCAGACCAGUGACGGCGUCUGGGCAGCGACUCCGGCCAUAUCUGCGACUGUGGUGACCCAGUGUUGGCCGUGAACAGUUCAAAUUUGUGACAGUCAUUGUUGAUCAACGGCUUACUUCUAGCGCUUUCAGGUCAAUUUCAAGAGAAGAAGAGAGGGAAAGACAGAUUACAGAGCUAGGACUCGGCUGAUCAAUCAGGACAAGAACAAAUAUAACACUUCGAAAUACUGCCUUGUUGUUUGAUUUGUAUGUGCUACAAACUUUUUGGUUUAUUUACCUACUGUGACUUUUUUCAGUUUGUGGUGUUCAUCUUGAGUCUUUUCAAUUUUCUCAUUUUGUUUAUGUUCAUUUACUCCAUUUUUAUUGUGUAUUAAAUGUUUUUCCGAUGU